UCCAAUUUGAGUUGAGAAAUAUAUAUUUUUUCGUCGCAAGAUUUUCAGUUGAUGAUUUUUUUUUCGUGUCGUAUGGCAUAUAUUCAUCCCGACUUUGUCAAAUAUGUGCAAUCAAACUUAAGUUUGUGUGAAUGGUGCAAUCGUUUAUUAUUAUUUUCCGAAGGCGAAUCAUAAAAAAAAACCUAAUAAAGAACCGUUUCGACAGAGUUGCUUAUACAAUGAAAAAUCAAAUCGUAAAAAAGAACGAACGAGAAAAGAAAGAAGCAACAAAAAAUAUAUAACAUUUUACAAGACUAUAUGGUACAGUUGAAUUAAAGUUCCAUACAUGAUUUUUUCGCUACUGACAUUGAACUAAAUUAGCGGUGGCCACUUAUCUCAAGUAAAUUUCCCUGUUCUUCACGUGUAUCCCUUCGUGCUUCCACUGAAGCUAUUUUUGUUUGAAAAUUGUGAAAGAAAAAAGUACCAAACGAACUUAAACGAAAAAAUAAAAAAUAAAAAUAAAAUUGAGAUUUGAUGGGAAAAGGUUCUAAAAAAAGUAACGCACAAUUCCCCGGCGGAAUCAGUAGAACAACUGGUAUGACGAAAAGCUAAAUGUACCAACGGACCAAUCAACUACACUUUGAACGACGAACAAAAACUCAUCCGAAUCGAUUUGCCUGAUAAAAACGGUUCGAUUCACUUUUCGCCCUUCAUCAUAACAUAUCCACACACAGACAUACCAAAAAACCGAAAGUUGGAUUAAGAAAACACAAGAAUAAAAUAUAAAACUCAAAUUCAGCUUAACCAAAGCUGAUAUCAAAUUAAGUGUAAAGCACAUCAAUGAACAUUGAACAAAAUGAAAUAAUAAUUUCGAACGAAAGAUAGAAAACCCGAACUACGAAAAAAGAAAAAAAAAAACAGAAAUUGCGUACCAAAAAUUCGCACAAGAGAGUGAAAGACAAAUAUUGUGGAACGAAAAAGAAAAGAAACAGAAGAAAAUAUGGUCAAAAGAAAAAUGUGAAAACUUCGUGGAAAACUUUUACAAUAAAUGGAACGUUAAUCGAAUGCUAGAAUAAAAGCUCGGAAAUAGAGAGAACGGAAGAGACAAAAAGCAAAAUUAAAUCAACAACCAUCAUCUCCGCCACGAAAAGUAUACACAAAACGACCGUAAAUCCAAAUAGCACGUACUAAGUCAUUCGGAUAUGUAAGAUAAACAUGUCCAACGUCAUAAAAAUCCAAUCGAAUGCGAAAAAACGAUGAAACAAGUAACAAGGAAGCCAUUUAUAUUCCCAUUUUAUACACUAUUUGAUUUCAUCUAAUUUUCAUUGAUUGGCUCGUUCGCAUACCCAGACGACGUCGACAAAAACGACAUUAAAUGAAAAGAGGAGAAUGAGUGAAAUGUUGUUGCAAACUGGGUGCUAAUAAUAAUAACGAACGGAACUUUUUGCACGCACACUGGUAACUGGUGUUGCUGGUGGUGGUGGUGGUGUGUAUGCUGGUUGUGUAUUUUCGAUUCGUUUGCUAAAUAAAAACAUACGCUUUUGCUCAAAGUUAUGGAUAAUUCGAUUAGUGAUGAUAAUAUAAAUACAGUGGCAGCGGCUGCUGUUGUUGCCGCAAGUACAGCAACUGCCGCUGUCGGUACGCCAACAAUCACAAAAAAUAGCAGUUGUGAUGGAUUACAAUCGAGCAUUGACUACGGUGGCCAAUCCGUUGUGCAUAAUGAUGAUAAUGACAUUGGGAAAAAUAACAGUGACAAAUCAUGUUCGCCAACCAUCGCAACUACAGCCGACGAAUUUAAAACAAAAGAAUAUUUAUUGCGUCGCAAUGACGCCAGCUACAAACGUAUCACAUCAAAGUGCAUCUCACGUGCAAAAGACUUAGUGCAUAAAUGUCAAUCCGAUCCAGGUGGAUCAAGGGUUACACCAACACUAAAUCUAUCCGCAAAUAGAUCGCCACAAAGUCGAUCGACAUUAAGACAUCAAUCACCCAGUUGCUCAUCAUCGUCAUCAAAUACCGCGUCAACUACACGAAAAUGUGUACUCACUUUGGAUGGAUACAACUACGUCAUAGUUGCCAGUUCGCCGGAUAAUAAAUCAAAGCCAGAGAAUCUCACAGGUGUGGUAAGCAGUGAACUCGAAUUAAAAAGUCCAAUCAAUGAUACUAUUGACAGCGAAGCGAGAAGCCAAAUAUCACCGUCAGCACUACAACAGCCAUCAACGCCCACGCUAAACGGAUUGAUAUCAAUUCGUAGAUCGUCGACGAAGAAGAGUGAUUAUUUUGCAAAACGAUAUUCACAACCACAAUUAAAUACGGGUCUUGAAUUUAGCUAUCCAACAAAUACAACAGCGUAUCCUCAUCAAAAUUCGCCAGUCGAAUCUGCAUCAGAUACACCGUGUGGCUUAGAAACAGCAACCGGAAAUAGACGUAAACCGUAUUUAAAUCGACGAAGUCCAAUCUAUCGGUUUAGCUGUGACAAUUUUGCCGACGAUUAUCAUCAACAACAUCAACACCGCUUAAAAAGUGGCGAUACGGUUACAACGUUUGGUGAUAGAUGUACAUUUAGCGGUGCUGAAGAAAUCUCUGACUGGUAUAAAAUGCAAAGUGAUUCGGUGUCAUCAUCAUCAUCGUCUACAGUGGCAACGUCGACGACAUCACAAAAUCGUUGCCUUACCUCGACCGAACAUGAUGGAAAUGAACAAGGAACCGUUGCCACUAAUCCAGUUGACUUAACAACCGAUAAUUUACCAGCCGUAGAUACACCUGAUGCCUGCGAUAAAGCUGCACUGAGACUACGUUGCAUACUCAAGCUCUUACAGCGUGGCGAUGUAUCGGUGGAAAUAUUGCAGAAGAAUCUUCAUUAUGCGGCUCGCGUUCUUGAAGCACUCUAUAUAGACGAAACAAAAUCAGAGAAAAAUCAAAAGAAAAUUAACGAUAAUACGACGGAUGAAUGUGAUUCAUUGCAUUCGAAAAAUGAAAUUGAAAACAAUGGUGAAUGUGGAAACAACGAUGGUGGUGGUGAUGAUGUUGUUGAUUCAAACAGUGGCAAUGCUGACAUGGAUUUUGAAAUUAAAACCGACGAUGUGCCUGAUCAAUGCGAUAGUCAAAAUAACCACGAUAAUAGCUUAGGUGAAAACGAUAACGAAACCAAAGCGCAUGAUUUAACAUCAAAUAGUACCACCGAAAACGAUGCAAACCCAACGACAACCAAUUCGUUUGGUGAUUCUGAAUUUAUACGCAAACAAUGGCAUCGACGUCUUCGUACACCAGUGUGGGCCAGACGUCUUGCCGAUGAAGAUGAUGAGCUUUCAGAAGUUCAGCCUGAUGCUGUUCCACCCGAAGUUCGCGAAUGGUUGGCAUCGACAUUUACUCGACAACUUGUCACAACACGAAAGCGCACCGAAGAAAAGCCCAAAUUUCGUACCGUCGCACAUGCAAUACGUGCUGGUAUAUUCGUUGACCGAAUCUAUCGACGGGUGUCCAGCACUGCAAUGCUUCAAUUUCCACCGGAGGUGGUUAAAGUGUUAAAGACACUGGACGAUUGGUCGUUCGAUCAAUUCGCCCUAGCAACAGCAACAAAUGGCCAACCAAUCAAAUACUUAGGCUACGAUCUAUUGAAUCGCUACGGCAUCAUACACAAAUUCAAGGUGUCACCAACGAUUUUGGAGCAAUUUCUUGUAAAAAUUGAAGAAGGUUACUGUCGCUAUCAAAAUCCCUAUCAUAAUAAUUUGCAUGCGGCCGAUGUGGCACAAACCAUUCAUUACAUGCUAUCACAAACCGGUGUCAUGCACUAUUUGACCGAUUUGGAAAUAUUUGCCAUUUUAAUUGCGGCAUUAAUCCAUGACUACGAGCACACUGGCACAACAAAUAGCUUUCACAUAAACACCGGCUCCGACAUGGCAAUGUUGUACAAUGAUCGUGCCGUAUUGGAAAAUCAUCAUGCCAGCGCCGCAUUUCGUAUGCUCAAAGAGGACGAAUAUAAUAUAUUCAGUAGUUUAUCACGUGAAGAGUAUAAAGAGAUUCGAAAUUUGGUCAUCGAUAUGGUCAUAUCGACCGAUAUGUCAUUUCAUAAUCAACAAUUAAAAAAUAUGAAAAGUCUCAUAGCGAUUGCAUCGUCCGACACGCACUACAAUAAGACCAACGUUGAUUUGAAAUUCAAAGCACUUUCAUUCAUUUUGCAUUGCUGUGAUAUAUCGCAUCCGGCAAAGAAAUGGGAAAUUCAUCAUCGAUGGACAAUGUUGCUGAUCGAAGAAUUCUUUCGGCAAGGCGAUUUGGAGCGCGAACUUGGAUUGGAUAUCAGCCCAUUGUGCGAUCGAAACAGUACUGUUAUACCUAAAUCACAAAUCGUUUUCAUUGAAGUUAUUGUUGAACCAAGUUUAGCCGUUUGUGCUGAUUUACUCGAACUUAUUUUAACACCAAUUGCAUCACAAACGGGGAACAAAACAACCGACAACAGCACGAUUGCCGAAGAAUCGCAAAAAUCGACAUCAAAUACAUCAAAAAGCGAUCCAUCACAACCGCAAAGAAUUCUCAUAAAAAAACCAUGGAUUACAUGCAUGAAAGAGAACAAACGCAUCUGGAAGGAACAAGAAGUUGCAGAAACAUCAAAUCAACCUUCUUUAUCGACUGAAGAAUCUAGCGAUCCAGAUGCCAAUGUAGAAAGGCCUUCAUCAUCUUAGAUUUCAACUUAAAACAACAACAAACAUAAAAACAGAAACAAACUUUAAAGAAAAACUUUAUUCAACUUUUAUAUGUUAUUUUUACAUCUACUCUAGGAAUUUAAAAAUUUGUUGCAAAACUUUUCACACUGAAACAAAACAAAACAAAACAAAAAAAUACAUUGUUCGUGCUUUCAAUUGAUAUUUACACUACCAUUUAAGCUUAGAAGGGGUGGGAGUAAUGGCAACAAUAGAUAUCCCACAAAUGAACAAGCCAACAACAAAAGAGUACACGCAAAAAACACAUUUCAAAGUAAAUUGAAAGCACAUUAUACAUAUUUAUUUAACACUACGCGCUCUAUCUCUAUUUUUGAACAUAGUUCCAGUUUAAAUGAAUUUUUGUUUGCGGCAAUUGCUUUCUUCCGCAAAGCGAUUACACAAACAUUUUCUAAAUUGAAAUGCCCUCAGAUUUUUCAUAUCAUUCCAAGACAACAACAACAAAAAAAUAAGUAAUCUCUUGAAUGAGCAAAACGAACAUUCGAACCAAAGCGAAUUUAUCAUAAUAAUAUCCACUUGUUCCAUUUUCAGCGUAAUAAAAACUUCGUGUUAAGAAGAUCAGACGUUUUGUUUUUAUUUCUUGUUUUCAUGAUUUCUUACAAGCUAAAUCAUUAUUAUUAUUUUUUUUUUGCGGAUUUUUCGUGAGCAAUUUUGUUGUUUUAUAUUUGCUUUUUUUAAUAUGAAAAAUUUACGAUAUACACAUUUUAUUUCCGACUUUAGAAAAAGGGAAUGUAUUAGGGAACGAAGUAUAUAGUGACCAAUUUAAUUGAGCUUAUCCUCUUUAAAUGAGUGCAAAACAUAUAUGCGUUAGUCGCAUUUGCAAAGGGUAGACAUUUUUUUAUUGUUGAAACGAGAUGGCCCAAUUUUAUUUAGACUUUCAUUCACUUAUAGUUUUGCUCUGCACACAUACAUAUCGCUUCAGUUUGUGUGCAUGAUAAUUGAGAAAGUGGCAGAUUCUCUGUGACAGAUACAAUUGAAAGUUUUAAGUAUGAAGUAUAACUGUUGUUGAAUUAAUAAAGAGAGUUAGAGAAUUUCCAUAUCCACAUAAGUUAGACUUGUAAUAAAUUGCAUUUUGUAUAUGCUGGAAUUUUUAUAAAUAAUUGCUGUUGUUGCCGCUGCAACCAUUUACCAAAUGGAAUUUCAUUUUAAAUUUUGAAUAAUUUCCUUUUUGAUUAAAGCUCUUCUCACACAGUACUUCACAUUUCAUAGCGCGAAUAUUAUUUAUUUAAACUGUGCUUAUUGCUUAACGCAAUGACUAGGUUUCACUCAAAUGCGUUCUCUCUCCGUAACACGACAAAAUCGAUUUUUUUUUGUUUGAAAAGAAAAUUGGUUCAAAACUUUGUGUGAAGCAAUUUCAUUUGGUGUGUCUUACCUUCGACGCGACGCUUGAAAGAUUCCAACGGUGAAAAUAUGUUGUUUAUUUUACCCAUCGAUUUCGACUUCCACCAUAAAUAACUUAAUCAACUAAGGUAUCAUUAAUUUUAAUUUCAAAGUCUAAACUCAAAUAGAUGAGAGACGAGCAAAAAUGGAAAAUCCAGUUUGGCAGAAUCUCUUGAGCAUUUCGCAAAAAUUGAAUUUCUUUUUGCUUAGUUUUUCCUAUCGUUGGCAUGGUAAAAGCGCAAGGGUACAGGUGAAAAACGCAUAUAACCUAGCCCAAUCAAUGAAAGCACAUAAAUACCGCACAACAAAUGAAAAGUGGCGCUAAAAUUCAAACACUACGGUUAUUUACAAGUACCAUGAAUUAUUUGUAAUGGAAAAUUGUCAAACGUGAAAAAUCGCAAAGUUUUUGUUUGAGAGUGCUUGCAUUGGUGAAGAGGUGUACAUUUUUAUUUUUCACCGACGAGCUUUUCGUUUAGUGAAUUUAUACUUUUUUCAAAAGCUGACAGAAAUAAAUUAUUGUGUACGAAAAUGUCGACACAUUGAACGGUAAAUAUUUGCUUUCAUUUAAAUUCAUUUGAUGGAAACACUGCUUGCAUGGCAGAACCACCAUAAAAUUAAUGAAAGUUGAUUCGAAAAAUUUGGAAUUACAUUUACCAGUUCGCCUGUGUUGAGCGCAAACUUUUCUUUGGUACGCAGAAAAUUACCUGCGACAAAAUGUGAAGAAACGGCAAACAAACAUAAAUAUUUUACGAAAUAUAUCAAAAAUAACACUGUAUGUUAAGGAUAAAAGAUCGUUAUGGCAAUAUAAUAAUUAAUAAUUAGUUUCCGCAUGUUGCUUUUUCCAUCGUACACACUCUGUCUCUCUCAUGUCAGGCGGUAUAAUAAAAAUCCAAUUUUCACAAAUUCUCACAUUGUGCACACAUCAGGAGGUUAAGGCGCAUAUAUGUAUAGUAGUAUACUUAUACAUAAAUUUAAUGCGAAGAAUUUUCAAGUGGAAUGCCAUAACAAACUAACAACAUGAGCUUCUUUAUGAGAAUUAUGAAAUACUUCCAAGGUUUUAGUGAUGAUUUUGAUCUUAAAACUGGUGCAUCAAAUUCUUUUCACUUCAACCAUAAAUUUUUCCAACAUUAUCCGAUGACAUCCUUGACGUAUGGAUGAAGAACCAAAAAAUUCAUGCAUUUGACGUCAUGCAUGUCAUUUUGAAAUAAAUGGAUUUUCCAACACAUUCAGGUUUUUAAACAUAAUAUACUAGAUAAUAUACGUCUUUUUUCUCGCAAUUUUCAGCGUAAUUUUGAGAGAUUACAAAUUGAAUUUAUAAAUUUAAAUCGUGAAAUUCGCGUAAAAUUUUCUUGAAAAAAAAAAUCAAACAUAUAUGCAUGUUUCUGACAUUGUUUAUAUUCACCGCACACACCCACAACAACAAAAAAAAUGCUUGGAAACGGCGGUGAAAGAAAACUGACAUCUGCUGAUUUGAGAAAAAAAUCUGUCGAAACCGUUUGUAGAUAACAUCCGAAAAAAAACUAUUUUCACAUGAAAAAUGCAAAUGAAAUGCGCUGUUAUUGUUGUUUAUUUUCUGAAUCUUUUAUGAACAUUUUCUCACUUUUGUUCUUUAUGUCAUUUACACACACACACACUCUUUGGCGCGGGCGAGCAAAGGAUGCAUACCGCAUUUAGCACAAUAUGAUAUGCUGUACAACUUUAAAGACGAUUAACUUUUUCGUGCAUACAUAUUUUAUUCGGAAAAUUGAAUUGACGGAUAUAUAUUUAUACAUUCUUCUUGCACACAAAAUUGCAAUCGUAUUUUCAAAUAUAUAUACACCAGAAAUCCGAUAAGAGUAAAAGAAAAAAAAAAGAUGAAAUCACUUGAACAACGUCGCCCCGGAUUAUCAUGUUCGUUGAGUCGAAUAAGUACUCACUGUUGAUGCAAACUGCAAAAUGAAAAAUUCGGCGUAACUGAAAGUUGAUUUAAACUUAUUCAAGCAUACAAUCAAACUUUUUCCACGAUAUAAUAUCUUCCAAAAUAUAAUGGCAAUUCUCUGAUUUUGUCACUGUCACACACACACACUCUUUUUAUCUAACACAGACACACUUUCUCGCACAUAACUUACGCCUCUAUUCAAAUCAAGCGUUUAAACGAUGAUUUAUUGCAAAUUUUCUUAAAAUAUCGUGUUUAUGGUAUAUAUAAAUAUAUUGGAAAUUGCCAUUUUCUCAUUUAUAACUCGGUGCGAGCGAGUACAAAAUUAUAAUGAUAGUUUGCAAUAAUUGAUAAAUUGUUUUGAUCAAAAUGUGACACUUUCGUAAUCGUUCCGAUCCAGUCAGUCGCCAACUUUGGAAAUCGGAAUAUUGUAAAAGCUCAAAUUCACGUCGAAAUGUCAAAAACAAAUGUUUCACAUUAAAUGUGUCUGAGCUCAUCAUCUUACAGACACUUUGGCGAAAUUAAAGUGGAUUAAAUGUGAACAAAAAGAGACGGCGAAUUUCUCUCACACUUAAAUUCAAACGAUUCUUGCUUUCCUUUCUUCGAUUUCUUAGACUUGCACAGAUAAAUGCUAUUGGAAAAAGCUCUUAUGACACAAACAUUUGCUCAUAUUAACAGAUAUGAUGUAUUUUGAUAAAAACCUAUAAGAAAAUUUAUUUGAAAAAAAUGACUAUAUUUAUAUAAAAUUAAUAUCUUGUAAAAUACAUUCCGAUGGGGCCAUUUCAUGAGCGUAGAAUUUUGAAAACGAACCAUUUUAUCAUCUACUUGCUUUUAAGUCUUUAAAUAGGAUAAUCCAGUUUUGUUAUUUAUUCAGUAUCAAAAGGAACAGUAUUUAAUCCUUCAAUAGAAUUUAAUCUCUAUUUCUCUCACUCUCUCCUUCUUUCGCUCUAUCUCGUUUAAGCAUUUUGAAUCCAUUAAAUCUUACUCAAUUCAAAUCCAACAUUGACAAAAAAAACACUCCAAAUACGUUCAAUGUUCUUUUGAGUGACUUCUUUCAGUCGAACAAUAACAUUUUAAUAAAAGAUAAUUAUCAUCAUCGCCGUUCAUUAUGCAGCGUUUAUGAAAUGAGCCUUCAUCCCCUCUCAAAAUCCAAUUCCGUCGGUAGUGCAAAUCAUUUCUCUCCAAAUUGUCCGAUUUUUCCGCUAGAUUAUAACUAUGUACAUUAACAACAAUAAAAUCCUCAAUCAAAUUUAAUGAGUAUCUAAUUUCAGUUUGAUUGUCAUCGUUUCAAAGUAUAUGCAAAUAGUAUUCGUGAACUAAACACACUCACUCAUAUUUAAAAAAAAGGUCGACAUAUUAAUUAAAUAGGGUAGACGUGCACUCUAGCCAACCACAUAGCAUAUGUAUAUUUUGAUAUAAAUGCUAUGCCAUUAAGAUAUCAAAAUCGACGUGUUAAAUUAGGCGGUACGUAGAGAAAAACAGCAGAAUUUAAAAAAGAAACAUGUAUCUAACUGGAAUAGAGUAAUCGAUAUAGAUAGAUGAUAAUCAUAAAUAAUAGAGUUUCGGGUAAAAUGGUUGGAAUAUAUCGCGCCUUUCUGUCCGUAUUGUAAACGGCGUUCAAAUCAUAAUAUAGAUCUACAUAUAUGGAAAAUUAGAGUAAACUUCAUGUAAUAUAAAAUGUUCAAAAAAAGAGCAUACAUUAUCCACAUCGUAAAGUUUAUUAGAGAGUAUUUACGGUGGUGCAAUUUAAAGUUUAAAUUCAUGUGGGAAUUUUCUCGUUUCGUCUAUGGAAUUUUCACCGGAUGCAGAGAGAUUUGUUUUUUUUUUUUAGUUUAAGACCAAAUCUUCUUGGUAGACUAUUGUUGAAACUAAACGGAAUUUGAAUGUUUUCUUAAUCAAUUUCCACAUUUGAUAAAUAAUAUAUAUUAUAUUCCUAUAUCAACUGCGAAUAGCGAUGCGCAGCCUAAAUCACAUUUUCAUCAUUUUUCGGUUAUUUUUCUCUAAAAAAAUGUUGUUCAUGGAUUUGCAUCGCUGCUUCACCUAGUUUUAGUAACAUGAAUAAAACAUGCACAUUCAAUAUUUAAAUGUACGUAAAUGAAAUAAAUGAAAACCAACAACUAAGCACUAUUUAAUUUUUUGAAUUUUUCAUUAGAAUUUUUGUUGAUUUUUUCGUCUGAUUGAAGGGACCACAAUGAUUAAGUUCACAAUAUGCUCAUCGAUCGUUUCAGUUUUCACAAUUAUCCACAUUGGUCUUAGACCCAUUUUAGGCACUACAACUUUUUAUUCUAAUAUGCAAAGCACAUUGCUAAACGCAAAGAAAGCAAAGCACACAUGCUAGAUCGCUUGAAGUUUUCGACUUCGAAACGCUUGAAUUUUCUGACUUACUAAUGCAAAUUACAUCAAACAUAUUAAUUCUAAAUUAAAAAAAAAAAAACACCUUCCAGUAGUAUACAUUUUCGAUGAGCAUUCGUGAUUGAACUUAGCAAUAAGGUACCAAUAUAUCAGCUGAAAUUGGGAUCAUAGCUUUAUAAACAUAUACUUGAAUAGAGAAACAACUUCAAAUUGAUUUGAAAUUUAAACUAUAUAUAUAAAAAAAAGAUAAUUGUCGACACUUUUAUUGAAAGCACUAACGGAUUGAGUGAAAAGGGACAGCGAUAGAUGUAUGAUAGAACAAACAUUAGAUAACAAAACCCAAUAACAAUUCGAUUCGUGUAGAGAGAAAUUCUAUAUUAUAAGUACAUUCUAAUGACAGAUGAAAUAUUUACACAAAAAAUCAAACAAACAAAUAAAAUAAAAACUAUAUGAAUUAACAUUUAAGAUUAGCAAAAUGCAAAAAAAAAAUCUGACAAAAUUAUAUUAUCGAAUUAAGUCUACCACAAAUAUAUGAUUCAUAAACAAUAAA